AUGAGCAGCCCGGAUGCGGGGUACGCCAGUGACGACCAGAGCCAGCCCCGCAGCGCGCUGCCCGCGGUGAUGGCCGGGCUGGGCCCCUGUCCCUGGGCCGAGUCGUUGAGUCCCCUCGGGGACAUGAAGGUGAAGGGCGAGGCGGCGGCGAGCAGCGGGGCGCCGGCCGGGGCGGCGGGCCGGGCCAAGGGCGAGUCUCGCAUCCGGCGGCCGAUGAACGCCUUCAUGGUGUGGGCCAAGGACGAGCGCAAGCGCCUGGCGCAGCAGAACCCGGACCUGCACAACGCCGAGUUGAGCAAGAUGCUGGGCAAGUCGUGGAAAGCGCUGACGCUGGCGGAGAAGCGGCCCUUCGUGGAGGAGGCCGAGAGGCUGCGCGUGCAACACAUGCAGGACCACCCCAACUACAAGUACCGGCCCCGCAGGCGCAAGCAGGUGAAGCGACUCAAGCGGGUGGAGGGCGGCUUCCUGCACGGCCUCGCCGACACGCAGGCCGCCUCGCUGGGCCCGGAGGGCGGCCGCGUGGCCAUGGACGGCCUGGGCCUGCCCUUCCCCGAGCAGGGCUUCCCCGCGGGCCCGCCGCUGCUGCCGCCUCACCUGGGCGCCCACUACCGCGACUGCCAGGGACUGGGCGCGCCCCCGCUCGACGGCUACCCGCUGCCCACGCCGGACACGUCCCCGCUGGACGGCGUGGAGCCCGACCCGGCCUUCUUCGCCGCGCCGCUGCCCGGGGACUGCUCACUGCCCCUGUUGUGCCACCUGCAGGCUCCCUCGACACGGGGCCCCCCCGAGCCGCCCGUCGGCCCCGUGCACUCCCGCCUCGGCCUGGAGCAGGCGGGCCCUGCCCUGCCGGGCCACGUGGCGCCCCCCAGCGCCCUGCAGCUGUACUACAACGCUCUAGUUUCUUUGCGGGCGCAGCCUCGAGAUGGGGUUCCCAACAGGGGCCUGACUCGGCGUGACCUCCCAGCCACGGGGCCAUUCCCUCGGCGGUUUCCGACGCCAGCUCUGCGGUAUAUUACUGCAACUAUCCUGACGUCUGGCUUGCCCCCGAUCCGACCUUAUAGCCCAGGCCGGAAGCGCAGCAGCUACUUCCCGAGGAGCUGA